AUGGGACUAGCAAAGGCCGCUUUGCCAUGCACGGAGGCUUCCGUCAGCCUCGCAUUGCUUGAUGGCGGCAGCUUCAUCGGCGACCUGAGCAUGAUGCAUGCUGGGCAAAAGGGCACUUUUCGCAUGUACAACUGGGCCUUCUACAUCGCGCACAAGGGAAGACAUAUACUUUGGGACCUAGGGCUCGACGGGGACCGGAGCUGCUACACGCCAUGGGUGAACAAGGUGCUGGAUGGCUGCAACCAUGUCGGCCCCAGACGUAGCAUUGUGCAGCAGUUGUGCGAAAGAGGUGUUGCAGCCAAGGACAUUGACACCAUCCUCUUCAGUCACGCUCACUGGGACCACUGCCGACCUAUCAGUGACGUGUUCCCAAAUGCGAAAGCGUACUUUGGCCCGGGCACCAAAGCAGCAUGCGAGCCAGGCCACUGGAAAGAUGCCAGUCUGCAGUGGGAUGGGCGCUUCUUCGAUCCCGACCAUGCGACCGAGGACUGGGAAGAACUGCAGGGCCCAUGGAAGCCCUUUGGCACGUUUGAAAGAGCCCUCGACUACUUUGGUGAUGGCAGUUUCUGGGUUCUGGAUGCCCCGGGACAUAUGCCAGGCAACAUGGCUGCGGCAGCGAGACUGCAAGACGGCGCCUGGGUAGUGCUUGGGAGCGACUGCUGCCAUUCGAGGGACCUGCUCGAGGGAAGGCAUGCAAUCGCCCAUUUCCCAGGACCGGGGGCGAAGCCAGUGUCGCUGCACACCGAUGUUGUGUCGGCGAAAGACACAAUGAGCAGGCUGAAAGCCUUGGAAACCGACCAUGGGGCUCACAUAGCGCUCGCGCACGACGCUACGUGGCUCAAGGAGGGCAUCGACGGGGUGCUGAUGUCGCUGCUGGACGACAAGAUGAAGGCGGCGGCGCGGGAAAAGAUUGUUUUUGAUGGGAUCCCUUAGAGGAUGAGGAUGCCGAGGAUGCCGAGGAUGCUGAGGAUGCU